UAAUUAUGCCUAGAGCAAAACAAUCAAAGAGGAGAGCAGCUUCGGUUAAAUCCUCCAGUUCGGUAACUGUGCCAGAUCCAGUAGUCAUACCUGCAAAAAGGAAACGGACACAAAAAAGGUCACUAACAGCAUCAACUUUACCCGAAAAUAACAUUUCCAUUGAAAAUCAAGAACAAUCUUCCACAAGUUCUCCUGAAAAAAUGCCUACUGCAGACGAAAUUGCUUUGGCUUUACUUAAUCGUAUGCGGUCGAAUGAACCAACAUCUCAAGAACCAACAUCUCAAUAUCAGCCGUCACUAGCUGAGUUAGUUAACCCACCAGCACAGCAAACUCAACCAAGUACCUCUACAACGAGAAACCAGCGAUUAGUUAUUUCACCAAUGCCUAGUUCUUCAUCAACCGUCAUGAACACUGUUUUACAUCCAGCUAACACCAGCCUGCUUCAUGACAAUACUUCGAUGCCUGAACCAUUGAACUAUAAUUUAGACUCACAGAGGGAAGGUACUACUCCUAUAACAUUUAGCUCUGUAAAUUUAGUCAAGAACUCCUUGCCUUUAGCAUAUCAUGUAAAUGAAAAAAUUAGAAAUAUUAUUUUCAAUAAUGAGUAUGUAGAUUUUACUGCCUUACUGCCACAAACUCAAUCAACUGAAGAAAUUCAUGUAAUUGCCACUGGUGUCAAACUUAUGACAACUUCCAAUUCAAACACAAAAGCAAUUUCAAGCAUGCACCAGUGGAAUAACGCGUUUGAUAUAUUUUUAUCGAUUUAUCUUACUAAGUAUCCGCACAUGAUGUUAGAUCUGAUCAAGUAUGGAAAUAAUAUGAGAAAACUUGGUUAUGAGAGUGGCUUUCAGGCAGUAAAACUUUAUGAUGAAGAAUUUAGAAAGCUUAGAGUAGUUCAUAGGUUAGAUUGGGUCAUUUUGCACGAUGAAUUAUACCGUUUGGCUACGGCUAUAAAACAUUCAGGCAAUUUUCAGCAACAUUCUCAGUCGUCUGGUUCAAAAACCAGCAGGUCGCCCUUUCUCGGUAAAACCCAACAGAAACAAGGUAAAUACCCAAACGGUUUCUGUUGGAGAUUCUGCGACACUGGUAUGUGUGGAAACAAAGCGUGCAAACUCAAACACCAAUGUGUUCACUGUGGACAAAAACAUGCUUCAGACAUCUGUAAUAAACGACCAACAGGUGGUAAACCUUCCAACUCCAGUUAAACUGGUUAUGCUUAGUAAAUACUUAGAGCUUUAUGAUCCGGAACUAAGAGAAUUUUUGAUUAAUGGAUUUACAAAGGGCUUUAAUUUAGGUGCUACUGGUGAAAACAUUUCAUUUCUGACUUGUAAAAAUCAUCAAAGUGCGCUGGAUAAACCUGAAAUUGUGACGGGAAAAAUAGAAAAGGAAAUUAAGAAAGGGCGGUAUAGAGGUCCUUUUAAUUCGCCCCCCUUUUCUAAUUUUAUUUGUUCCCCAUUGGGUCUUGUACCGAAAAAAGAAGCAGGUCAAUUCCGUGUUAUACAUGAUUUGUCAUUUCCUAAAGGAAAUUCUGUCAAUUCGUCAAUCCCUGCUGAAUAUACUUCGGUAUCUUAUGAAAAUAUUGAAAAUGUCAUUCAUCUAGUUCAAAGUCAAGGUCAUAAAGCCCUUAUGGCACGUGCGGACGUUGAAAAUGCAUUCCGUUUAUUGCCCAUAACUCCAGAAGAUUACCAUUUUUUAGGCUUUACAUGGAAUGGUAAAUUCUACUAUGAUACUUGUCUUCCCAUGGGCAUUUCUUCAUCGUGUCAGCUAUUUGAAAAAUUUUCAACUGCCCUUCAUUGGAUAUUAACCAGUUCAUUUGGUAUUUCUAACGUUUCCCAUCUUCUAGAUGAUUUUGUCUUUGUUAGUAAGGCAAGUAGUAAAGCUUGUGACUAUGCACUGCAUUCCUUUUUGAAGUUAUGUGAAACGAUUGGAGUGCCAAUCAAACAUGAAAAAACUCGAUUUCCUACCACGGUUUUAACCAUUUAUGGCAUCGAAAU